UGUAAAUUGUGACUUUUGAACAGGAAGCUUCUUCCUGAAAUGCUGUCAGUCCUCUCAGUUACAGAACUGUUUACAGGGGCCGUUUAAAGUUUGUGCUGUGUUUGUGUGGUCCUGGUGAAAAUGUCCGCGGUGAUUCCUCGUAUCGAGCAGCUGUCGUCGAGAGUGGUGCGUAUUUUGGGCUGUAACCCGGGGCCCAUGACAUUGCAGGGCACCAACACAUACCUGGUCGGGACAGGCAGAAGGCGAGUGUUAAUUGACGCAGGCGAGCGCGCGGUCCCGGAGUAUAUUGUCAGUCUGCGUGAGGCUCUGAAGCAGCACGACACGUCCAUACAGCACAUUAUAGUAACACACUGGCACCACGACCAUACUGGAGGAGUGCAGGAUAUACUCACAAACUUUCACACAGAUUCAGAGCUGAGGGUCAGUAAACUCCCUCGGUGUCCUCCACAGGAAGAAGUGAUUGGAGACCAGAAGAAGAAAUAUUUGUAUCUCAGUGAUGGUGAGGUGAUAAAGACUGAAGGGGCAACAUUACGGGUGCUGUUUACCCCCGGACACACAGAUGAUCACAUGGCAUUAUUGCUUGAGGAGGAGCAAGCGGUGUUUUCCGGUGACUGCAUUCUGGGAGAGGGAACAGCCGUGUUUGAGGACCUCCAUGAUUACAUAAAGUCAUUGCAGAAGCUUCUCACCGUGAAGGCUGACAUCAUAUAUCCAGGUCAUGGUCCAGUAGUCCAAGAUGCAUGUUCUAAGAUCAUUGAGUAUAUAAAUCAUCGCAACGCCAGAGAACAGCAGAUCCUAAACGUUCUGCAGGAGAACAGCGGAACUGCAUUCACCUCUGGUGAACUGGUUAAAGUGGUGUACAAGGAGACCCCUGAACACCUGCACAGAGCAGCAGAGUUUAACUUGCUGCACCAUUUAAAGAAACUCCACAAGGAGGGAAAGGUCUUCCUGGCUGAAGGCUCAAUUGAAAAGAAGUGGAAGAGCAAUUUGUGACAACCUUUUACCCAGCACCCACAGUGACUAAUAAGUUACUGGGACUUCUGUGAAAACCUGCUCUGAUAGGAGACUAUUUACAGUUACAUUUGUUGCCUUACAAAUAAAUCAUGCAACACAAAACAACUCAUAAAAUGGAAAACUUGUAAAAGGUAACAACCCUUGUAAUCAGGCGAUAUUUUAUUGUUCAAUUGUGUGUGCUUCAGUCAACAAAAAAUAAUUUAUUCCAUGAGAAACUGUGUACAAAUACAUGGAAAUGUAAAAUAAAGCAGCUUUUAUGAGGCUAAUGACAUAACUGUGUAUAUAUAUAACAUUAGCAUAAAUGAUUCUAAACACAUUUCAAAGGUAAAUACCAGCUUUUUCUUUAACACAGAAGUAACCCUAUGGGUGAGACUUCCGGUUCAUUAGCCACUAUAGGGAAAUAACGAAAAGAAUAACAUGCAGUAAACUGUAAAAGUGUUUGCACUGCAAACCAGUGUGCUUAUAAUUAAGAUAAUACAUUAAAAUAAUAUGGUAAGACACAGCAAUUUGCAAUAUCAAGCAGCAAAACGAGCUGUUUUGUACAGCUAAAAAUAGCUGGAUGCAGAUGAGACCAGAAGCCAGACCCAUAAAAUGUACAAAUUAACAAACCCAUCGUUUUGCCAAGUCUGCACUUGGAAUUGGGCAACUGUACUGUGAUUUGUACUGGGGACCCCCAAAACGCAAUUGGGCUAGUUCAGACUAAUUGAGAGAAGCAAUUGGGCGGGUUUUGUUGUGGAAACCUGGCAACCCUUCGCCCACUGUUACGGGAAGAAAAAGAUGGACGGCUGAGAGAAAAUAUCAAGUGCACCUUUAAUGUGUGACAUUUAAUUAUUUUAAAUGUUGUACACCCGUGUAAAUUUAGUUUGAGAUGUUUAAUGGCCGAAGCAUUUGAUUAAUGUUGUUCUACUAAACCACUAUCACAAAUGUGAAAAUAUCUUUUUAAAAAUGUAUUUAAAUAAAUAAUCAUAGUUUGACGGCU